UUUCUAUUUAAGUUAUAAACCGUGUGGGAAAAAUGUUUUAAACCAGUUUAACAAAAACUGUCAUCCGAAAUGUUCACAAGGGUGUUGUUGUCUAGUCUUUUCUUAUUAAUUCCAUUCAUAGUGUACCAUGCAGAAGGAACAAAACAAUCUAAUCCAUCACCCUACCAUUAUGGCUACGAUGUGAAAGAUGGUCAGUCAUCUCAUUACAAGAAAGAAGAAAGGGAUCAGGACGGAACAGUGAGAGGUAGUUACGGUUACCUCGGACCUGAUGGUAUAUUCCGAGAAGUUCACUACAUAGCUGACCAGAACGGAUUUCGAGCUGAAAUAAAAACGAAUGAACCCGGUACGGCAAACGACAGUCCGGCUAAUGUCCUGCUCCUCUCUGAGUACGAUACGGUGCACGAUUAUAGCCACGAUAAGGAACACAAGCACGAGCAAGAAGAAAAGAAAACAAACGAAGAAGAGAAAGAAAGUUACGAAGACGAUGAACAGGAUCAAGUCGUUGAAAGCAGAACGCCAAAAGGUCGAGCGAAUAAGAAAUCCAACAAAAAGAACUAUUCAUAUUUUAAGUUUGGUGAAAGACACGGAGGACACGUCUAAAAUAUAAGUUCUUCUAUUCAUCUCAUUGUGCUGUUUCUGCCUAGUCAUUAGUCAGCAUCUGGAGGAGCCCCUGCCUUACAACUUCGGCUAUGCUUUCCAAGAUGAUCAUGGGGCGGCGCAGUUUCGAAAGGAAAGAGGUGAUGGUC